AUGGCCGCCCUCUCCUGCUACCAGCCUUGCCGCUCGCACCUUGCAAUACCUGCUAGGUGUCUAGAGGACGACGAGGACUGUCACCAAUCAGCUACAUUCUCACUCCGGCGACAACAGUUCAUCGAGCGAUGUCACGAGGCGCGGAGGGCACGCCUUCGUGAUACCAUCCCAGAGGUCUCUGUCAAGAGAACCAGGGACGAGCUUGCCAAGCAUGCGUCACAAACCGUGCCGUUGAACCGCCGGCUCAACGUAGAGGCCGGCUGGUCUAAAGUCGAAGAAGUCAGAAAAAAGUUUGAGAGUGCUGCUGAGUCGGCUUCGUUUUCAAGGUCUUUCGAAUCGCCACCCAGGCGUCGACUAGCAGAUUCCUUAUUCGCAAGUUUCAAGCUUCCCCGCAAGAGGCAGGACGGCAUGGCGGCUCCACGCUCGCUGGCGCCGCCCCAGCAGCAAAAACGGAAGUCCGCAGUCGAGCUUCUUGCAGAAACCAAAGCUUUUUAUGUCAAGUCCGAGACUGUUUUAGACAGAAAGCAGGAAUUACCUUUGAGGAUGAGCAGCGGACUAGGUCAAGCUAUAGCUGCCGGCGGCUGCCAUCUCGUCAGCUCUGGCACCUUAAACAACGAUGUCUGCUGUAAUCCCUAUGGCACAACCCGCAGUGUAGGUAGCACUCGGCGAGCCAUCAGCGCUGGUGAAGGACUUCAAAACACUCUACGUAGGUUGCUGGAGCAUGCUGAUAGCAGAGAGAAUGUAUACUCACCACCUUUCCCUGUUGCGCACAAGAUAUACGCUGAAACCAGACGUCUCAAAGAUUAUCCCGAACGGGAGACCAUUCCUCGCGCUCAGCACAACUCCGGAACAUUUUCUGGUACCUUCUCAGGGACUUCAUCCUCUGGAACCUCAGGCUCGAAGGCCCAAAAAUCGGAGCCCGACCACAGAGAGAAGAUGAACAGGCCCCUGAGUUUUGGAGAUGCCAGGGUUUUCUUUCCGGAGUCGUUUGUGAUACCACGCCAAAGGGCAAACGAAGUUGUGAUGAAAAAUGCUUAUUCUAUACCGAGUUCUCAUUCAAGCCCUGAGAACAUGGAACUGCCAGAACCAGUGGUGAGCGGUUCAGGGUCGCCUGCUGACCCUGUACCUACCAUUAGCCCGCCUGCACAGUAUGCUCACUCGGCGCCGAGAUAUAUCAGAUCCAACUCUCACUCUCAGCCAAGUAUGCGCGAGGAGGACAGCUCCACAAACAUCAACAGUCACAAGUCAUUGCCAGAUCUGCACACGCAGACCCGGUGCUAUCCUGAACAUGUGAACGUGGGCCACACGGAGACGCUGGGCCGCUCCCCGCGCCGCCGCCGCCACUCCACGCACCAGCGCACCGCCUCCUGCUCAUCUAAAGGCACCAGGUCAAACCAUUCUUCGCUGAUGUCAUCUUGCGAUGCGUUCUCCGAGCAUCCGUCUCCCGGAGAAGAAAAUUACCAAUCGUAUAACAGUCGCUGCGGCUCGUCAUUCGCGCGCGACUCGGGCGGGUCGAGCGGCCACUACACGCAGCGCAGCGCGCCCGCGCACCACGCGCAUGCGCACCGCCGCACCGACUCGGGCUCCUCCACGCAGCACGACCAUGACCACACAGGUCGCUACAACUCGUACGUGUCGGAAUACGGCACUUCGCUGGAGUGCUACGUGUCAGCUCCCCCCCAGUUCCAAGAUGGCGUCGACGCUCCCCCCGCCCCACCUGUACCUCCCCCGCAUCAUCAGCAUCAUCAUCACUAUACUCACGUACCAAGAGUUGGCAUACACUUCCAAGCUAGCGCUCCGCCCCCUCAGUUCCAGGAUGAGCCCCCGAUGUACGAUUACGGUGACUACGAGUGUACGUACAAAGCACCCAUCAAGUGCCUUGUACGCACUAAUGAAUAUCCACGGGAGUACUCUAGAUACCACGAGGGCAACACAGAGCUGGUGAGCACGCAGCCGCAGUACGCGGAGGUGCGCAUGCGCCCGCGCAACGACGACAACCAGGACUAUGUUAACGCUGCGCAGAUAUGUACACCGGAAGAGAUAACGUCGCCCCUGGGAACGUUCAAGCGUCAACGAUGUUUGCGGUAUAAGCAGCGAAGACCGCGACCCAUCUUGCGAUCAAAGUCAGAUAUCUCCGAUAGGUACAGACGAUCAGACGGACGCAGCCCCGCUUCAGCCCCAUGUGAGGGCGAAGACUCCCCGGACAGUCCCACAGAAGAGUCUUCUCGUCUCCAGGAGUUCUUCGAACGUCUUGGCCUAGAACCUCGACAGUAUGACGCGUUGGUUCGCGACGCUUUACCGGACAGUCCCGUGUUCUUCUCGUCGGCUUCCACUAUCGAUAGCAACCAGUUGGCCGCAGCUGCUGAUUACACGGUCCAAGGCCCAGGGGUCCAAAAGCAGAUCUACCGCAACACAGAGCCCCCUAGCGUGGUGGAGCGCAACGCACGCAUCAUCAAAUGGCUCUGUCAAUGUCGCAAGACACAAAUGCAGACUCCUCAGUGA